AUGUCAGCCCGCACGCUUUCUCCAUGCUACUCGGCUGACCUCAGGCCGGCGUCGGAGAGACUUGUCUCAGCCGUGGGCUGCACCGUGCUUUUGACGAUACCGCCACUGAAGGCCAGCAAAGUUGUCUUCUGGGAAUAUAAAACUGGCCCAGAAGAAGGAGUCAUCGUCAAUUAUGCUUUCGAUAGACCCGCCAACACUUCUCGCCCCUACGAGAAUCGCACGAGGUUCAAUGAAACGGACUUCUCGCUGCAGAUCGUGCUGCAGCAGGGAGACGACCGGCUGUACCGGUUCAGGUCCGAGUCGGAGGCCACGGGCUGGUUCCAGCUGCGCGUUGUCGAACCACUGUCCGAGCCAGAAAUCGUGGGCAACUCGUCAGUGAAGGCAGGAGGCAACACCAAACUGGUUUGCAACGUCCUGGAAGGGAAGGCAGACUUGUACUGGUGGAAGAAAAAUGGGGAGCUGCUGCUGGGAAGUGACCACAUCCAGUUUGUUGACAACACCACCCUGUGCAUUGUUAAAGCAUCGAUGAAUGACAGCGGCUACUACGCUUGUGUGGUCCGCAACGAAGUCAGCCAGAACGAAACCUCCUUCCUGCUCCACGUUCAGAACGCUGCAAAUGUGGUGUUGCCUGUGAUCCUGGUGUGCGUUAUCGUCGGCUCACUCGCAGGUGUCUUCGUCUGGUGCAGAAGGGACCGCCCGUGUCGCAACGGCUGUAGGUGGAGAUCUUGAGCGGCUGCGCCCUUGCUGCCUUCUGCUGAUGGUGCUGGUGGAUGCUGCCUGGGGAGUGCUGGAUGUCCGAUGCUGUCCCAACCUCUUCUGGGCUCACCUCUGAAUUGCUCAGGCUGCUGAACCCCACAACUCUUUGUUUGUCACACACCGGCUUGGGCUAUUUCUGUGUCGUCCUGGGUGCCUUGCACAUCCCUGGGGGAGAGGUGGGCAUGGUUGUGCCUGCUGACCUGGCUGCCGCUGUGCUCCAGACCUCCUCACCUCUCCUGGCUUUCUCCAGAGGCUGUGUGGGGUAAGUGCUUGUGGAUGGGCUGAUGGCUCUGGAAGGAGCCACCAUCCCCACCGGACAAACACACGGUCUGGGGAGUGCCCUGGUGCCAGCCCCUGCCUCCCCAGGGCUUGAGCCCCUCACUGUGGCCUCGCAGUGUGCUGCUGUGCCUGAGACUCGGCCAGCGUGGCUCAGGGGCUGAGACCGUGGGCUUUCUACUCAGUUUGGCCCUUGGAGGGAGGAAAAAGGGCAGGGUUUUGCUGUGGUGUGCACUGGGGAGUCUAGGAGGUAAGCGGAGCCAGCGGAAGGCGGCAGGGGAUGGAGGAGCCGCAAAAUAGUUUUGUUUCAGAAAGGAAACACCAAAGAAAUCCCUGUGGCCGGCUGCGUUAGAGCAGCGACGCAGCCUGGCAUGGGAGACGUAGGGAUGCUCCCGAGCGCAUCUCCUCUGUCCUCCAGCCUUGGGCUCCGGCGGGAUCUGGGGACGUCCCCUCCUCUCCCAAGCACUAGCCACCUGGGUCGUACGUGUGCCGAUGCAAGCUUGUCCUUCCCUUUUGCUGCUCCUGUGCGUGAUGGUGGACUUGGUCUGGUUUGAUAUGGCCAGGGCAGCGCUGCUUCUAGCCCCUGCUCCUGUUGCCUCCCUUCCCCAUGCUGCUUCUGCAAAGCUCUUCUGGGCUUUGCUUGUGAAGGGGUCAUUAUUCGUUCUUAUAGUUGAAAGUACUUAGCCUGGAAGCACGACUGGCAUCUUCAUCCUGGAGAAAACUGGAUGCUCUCCCAGGAGUGCUGGACCUCACAAAGUGCCUUGCUGAUCAUCAGGCCGGGGCGUUUGCACCCAUCUUUCAUUCCGAUGGGGACAACCCCAGGUCCAGCACCCUGUCUGAGCUGGUCCCCAGCACCUCUGUAGGGACAGGCGUUUUGGGUGCCCUGGUCUAGCUACUGGAUGGUCAUCUCUCUCCCAGAGCAGCUGGUGGCUUGGGGACCUCUCCUUGCUCCGAGCCACAGUCAGCAAAUGGCGAGUGGUACAGGUGGAUGUUUUUGGUGCUUGGGUCUUGCCUGUAGACCUGCUUCUGCCGCAAAGGGCUUUCCUGGCCAGGGGAGUGGUGGGUUUCCCUCUCCUCGGAGUUAUCCCUUCUCUUUGGAGAAUAGAAGUGCACCCAGGAGAUGCUCAAAUCAUAUCCCGUGGCGUGAGCAGUCGCUAAGCUGUCCCAUGCCUCUUUCCAGGGCAAAUGGGAAAAUCGUGGGAGAGUGAACUGGCUUGUGGCUUGACUGUCUUGGAUGCUGCCUGCUCUGCCUGCUCUGCUGCUGCUCCGGCAGACGGUACAGCGAGGCUUUGUCCCAGGGAGAUAACCGGGAUAUAAAGGGGCCAGCAGCAAAGGGCCAUCUCUCAGCCUGGGAUUUUGUGUUGCAGUUAGAGCAUUAAAGGAAGCGGAGAAGUUUGGGAGGAGUAAACUAGAUUUCAACCUCAGUUUUAAGCUGCAGUGCAGGUUGUCAAGUUCGCUGUUGCACUUAACAGGUGUAAAACGAAUGCAGCCAGAUGU